AUGGAAAAUAAUAAUAUUGAAAGUAUAGAUAAUACCAAUAAUAAUAGCAACAAUAAUAACAAUACAAAUAAUAGUAAUGAUAUUAAUAUUACCAAUAAUGAUAAUAAAACAAAUAUUGAAAUUAAUAUUGAUGAAAAAAUUCAAUUAACUUAUGAUCAAGAGUCAUAUUUAAAACAACAGUUAUUAAAAUAUUCAAUUCAAGAGGAGGUUAAAAUUUAUUUUCAAGAUUCACACAAUUUACAAAUAACUUUAUUUUUAAAAUUUUUAUUUACACAAUUAACUACUAUACCAUUAUUAACAAGUAAACAACAAGCUAAGGUUAGAUUUCAACAAUUAAUUGAUAAAUUACCACAUAUUAUCAUUCAAAGUCAAAUUGCAACCAAAAAAGAAACUAAUGACCAGUUUAGAAAAUUUGUAGUAAAAUGUUUUGAUAUUGCGCUUAGAACACCAAAAGAGAAAAAGAAAGAUAAAACUUUAAAAGUAUUCAAAGAUUUUAAUCAAGAGGAAAUUGAACGUUUAGAAAAGUAUAAACCAGACAAGGCAAAGAAACUAAAGGAUCAGGAAACACUUGAGGAUAAAGAGGAUGAAAAGGAGGAGGAGAAAAGAAAGAAUAAUGUAUUUGAUGUCGAAAGAAAUGAAACUAUUUUACGUUUACAGAAGCGUCUCACAGAGGUAACUCAAAUAAUUGUAAUGAACAUCGAGCAAAAAAAUCAAGAGGGUGGUUCUUCAACAAAUGGUAUUGGUUAUUUGUUUAAUACAAUUUUACACACCAAAUCUGUUCAUGACUUACCUCCAGAUCUUAAUGAAUUUGUACAAAUCCUUAUCAAAAUUUUAUCAUUGUGGAUGGAAAGAGAGAUGAGGGAUCCAAAACAAGUACAAAAGCUUAAGCGUCUCUAUAUGAUUACUCCAAUUACCGCCAUCAAAGCUUCAUUUUCAAUUGCAAACCCGGUAACACUUUUAAAAGGUAUGAUUCUAUUGUUUUUAGCAAAGCCAUUUGGUUCAAGAAAUCUUAUCCAAACUCUUUGUUCAGUUAUGGUCGAGGCUGGUAAAACCGAAAGAAUUUCAAAGAAGGCAUUAAAGAAGGCUGAAGAAGAUUUAGUGGGCAUCAAAUCAUCCAUUCGUAAGCAAGUUAUUCAAAAGGUUAAAGGUUUUGCAUAUAAUACCCAUCAAUUACAAGAUUCAACAGGCAAACCUUUAGAUGUUUAUAAAGAGAUGCCAAGUGCAAUUUCAAUUCUUCAAUAUCAAUGGCCAGGUAGUCCACCAGUCGAUUCAAGUAUUAUUUCAAUGUUAAAUGAAGAACAAUUUAAAUCACUAUUUGAAUAUGCAAAGUUAGAAAAGAGAAAGAAAGAAAAAGAAGAUUUUGUUGAAAUUUUAGGCCAUGAUGAAAUGAUUGAAAUUAUCCGUGACUUGCUACCAGUUUUAUAUGAACCAUUGGGUAAAUUAUUCUGUAAAGCAAAUAUUGGUAAUCAUUUUGAUAGGUUAGCUCGUGUGAUCAAAAAAUUAAUUGUUGCCGCAGAAACUGGUAAUUUAGUAGAUGAUCAAGAGGUUGACACUGUAGAUUUAGAUGAAGAGGAUAGUGAUGAAAUUGAAGUUGCAUCAGCCUCAGAGAAAUUAGCAACCCAACCAAUUAAUGGUAGUUCCAGCACAACAACAACAACGACAACAACAAAUACAUCAUCCACCAACACCACUGCCUCUGCAACUCCACCACAACAAGAGGAACCAAAAAAAAUAGGUUUGAUUUCAAAAUCACUAAGUUGGUUUAAAUCAAAAUCAUCUAAAGAAAACUUGCAAGAAAAUAAUAGUAGUGAGUUUUCAAUUGAUUCACCACCAACAGAAUCACCAAAUAGAGAAUCAUUGUUAUCAAAAUUCACCAAUGAUAUUAAUGAAUUUUUAGGUACAACACCAGAAAGCUAUCAAGAAAAGAAAAAGACAAUUAAAAAGAAAUUCAAAAAAGAUAAGAAACAAGAUAUUACAAUGGCUGAAAGAUUAAUUUUAUUUGAAGAGGUUAAUACAACUUUAAUGGAAAGAGUUUAUGAAUUGCUCCAUGAAUUGGUAGUUGCUGAUGAUAAAAUAGAAUAUGAAUCUACAUCAACAAAUGAAGGUGGUUCUACUGAAGAAACUAAAACAGGUUUGCUCUCAUUAUCAGUUUGUUGGUUACUUGGUUUAUUGCAAUUUUUAAAGGAUGAGGAAGUCGAUGUUACCUCUCAAAUUUUCGAUCCACUUUCACCAAAUCUCAAGAAACUUAUUAUUGCAGAAUUGGAUUCAGUCAUUAACUACCGUGAAUGGAGAAUGGAAGUUGGUAAUAAAGAAGCUACAAAGAAGAAUAUAGAAAAGGAUCUUAAAAACUUAUCAUUGGACGAUUCUGAUUCUGAUUCUGAAGAGGAAGAGGAGGAAAAAGAAAUUAGUGAUAAAGAAAGUGUUGAGGGUGAAGAUAUUACCAAAAAGAAAAAGAAAUUAAAGAAACCAGAGUUAGAAUAUUUACCUACUUUAAUCGGUCCAUUUAUUUCGCUAGUAAGUGAUCGUCUUGGUCGUCUUGGUGAUCCUUCAAAAUAUUCCUUAAGAAAUAUUUCAAAUGAUAUUAAUAUAGGUGGUAGUUUUGAUUCACCAAAAGAAGAAAGUUCACCACAAGAAUAUAAUGAUUUAUAA